AUGGCAAGAGCUAUGGAGCCAUUCAAUUACCAGCCUCUGGAAACACUCGACACAAUUCGCGUGAUUCGUAUCAGACCCGCCGCGGGGCUCGAAGUUACCGAGAGCAUCUAUUGCGAUAUCGAACACGUUCAGAUAGGCCAGGCCUCCUAUGCCGCUUUGUCUUACGAAUGGGGCCCGCCUAACGCUGACGACAACAACAAUACCUUACCAGAGAACGACACUACCAUUUCCCUCAAUGGAAGUCUUAUCGCUGUUCGUCGUAACCUCCAUCACGCCUUGUCUCACUUGAGAACUUCCCUCUGUGGUCAACCCAUUUGGAUCGAUGCGUUGAGUAUCAAGCAAUCCGACACACUAGAAAGGAAUCAUCAAGUCAAACUCAUGGGUUCCAUUUAUCGCGGAGCCACUCAGGUGAUGAUAUGGCCUGGAAGAACUGAGGGCUUAGACUCGAACACGCUGGCUGCUCUCAACCGUCAGAGCGAUGAGUACGGAGAUAGUGCAAAGGCUACUGCUGAGACGAUAUCGGUCAUCGCCAAGAUAGUAGAGCUAUGCCAGAACGGAUACUGGAAGCGCGUAUGGAUCCAACAAGAGGUCUUCCUAGCCCAAAAGCUGGGUAUCAUGUACGGCCGGGAUCAACUUAUCCCCUACGAGACUUUUGAUUACCUGGUGUCUCUGAUGCUGAGUGGAGAAAGCCCUGUUACCGAAGACGUAAAGAACAAGAUUGGGAAGAGUGGUGCCCAAACACUUCUGAUGAGAAGACGACUAAGCCGAGAUCCACGACUGAAUCCCUUAGGAACAUGGCUGCGAAUCGCGUGCUACGACGAUCUUCAAACCUCUGAGCCGCGCGAUCUCAUCUAUGGUAUGCUUGGAGUCAGCUCUGAUUGCCAGGGUGGCGUUCUAAAACCGGACUACGAUGAGCUAUUGCUCAAUGUAUUUCUCGAAACGAUAUCGUUCUGCAGAUCGGCACGAAACUGGCAAGAUAACGACAUCUUCGAAGAGAUGCUGGCUGUGAGACUUGGGCUACCAUGGGACAGUGACAUGGAGACAAGGAUCCAGGAGUAUCGUCAACAGACAGCCACAGUACGGCGGGAAGACUAG